UCGUCUGCACAGGAUCCUGUUUCCCUCCACGCAACGUGCCACCGGCACCGCGUCCGAAGUUCCCACCGGCUUGCCCUGCUUGAAGGGGGGCUGAUUGAGCAACACGAGAAUAACGGGCCUCAGCGGUCAUGUCAUAGCAGCCAGUAGAAGCAGCAGAAGUAGGAAGAGAGCCAUUGUGACAACACGGCAGGGACUCCUGGACUUUGGGCUCUUGACUACAACUGUCAUCUGGCUUCAGUGUAUAUAUAUGGAAGCGCCACUCUGACACCCUCACAAACACGCCAAACCCUGAGAGAUACACAAGCCAAAAGCCGGUGAGAAUUUUACUACUAUUUUUACUACUACCAUUUCAAAACCAAACUUUAAGAGAAAAAUAUAAAUGUUUUGACUUUGUUAAUGCAGCUUAAAAGUUAACGACAUCAUAAUUGUUUUUCAGCAAGACGCAACCAUGAAGGUGUUCUUGGUACUAGCCAUUGCAGUGCUGUCUGGCUGUCACGCCAACCUCUUCUAUGCUGAUGCACCCAAGCCACAGCUGGAAGUGCUGACUGAUGCUUUCUGGGACUACAUUGCCAAAGCCACCCAGACAGCUGAUGACACCCUCCAGAUGAUCAGAAAGUCUCAGUUUGGACAGGAAGUAAAUACCCGCCUCGCAGAGAGCACUGACAUCGCCAGCAAGUAUGCAGUCACCCUGCAGGAGCAGCUUCCCCCUGCAGCCCAGGACCUGAUGACCAAGAUCACGGCAGAGGCUGACGUACUGAGAAAUGUGCUGACCCAGGAGUUGACUUCUGUCAGGGAGAAGCUGGAGCCCUACACCGACGACAUGAAGGCCCAGAUCCAGCAGAGAGUAGAGCAGCUCAAACAGGAGCUGGCCCCCUACGCAGACUCCCUGGACUCUGAGGCCCUGAGGACCACCCUGAUGCAGAAGAGUGAGGAGCUGAAGACCAGCCUGGAGCAGAGUGUGAAGGACCUGCAGACUCAGCUGGGGCCCUACACUGACGACCUGAAGCAGAAGGUGGACCAGCACCUGCAGGACUUCCAGGAUAGUGUGGCCCCCAUGACCGAGAAGGUCCAGGUUGAGCUAAGUCAGAGAGCCAACCUGGUGAAACAAAUGGUGGCUCCCUACGCUGAGGACCUGAGAGAAAAGCUGGACCCCUAUGCCCAGGACCUCCAAGACCAGCUCAUGUCCCUCUACCAGUCCUUUGUCAGUGCCAACUAAGUCCUUCUCCAUAGUCAACCUGCUCCAUCAUUGACCAAAUUGCCGGCCUUGUUUGGUCUACCUCUGUUUGAAGCAUGUAAUGAUUUAAAUUGUACUGUAAACCAAAUUAAACUGGGUGUAUACCCACAACAAAAUAUUUAUUGCUAAGUGCAAUGUUUGCAAAGCAAAUUUCUGCACUUGUCAAACAUGUAUAUACUUAGUUUUUAUUAUGUGUUGUGAUGUUGGAAACUGUUUGUUAUGAAAAAAUAAAUAGAUCAAUCUGGAAAAUAUGAAUUGUCCGAUCUUUGUUUUCCUUCUGGUCCUUUAAGGAAUGUGUAUCUAAUCUGUAAAUCCAAUCACAAAAUUCUGUCAACGUGUAUUUCUACAACUAUCUUAGAACAUGCUGUGUAUUUACAAGCCAUCUGGAAAAUGCACUGACAAAGUAUGAUCACUGCUUUUUCAAUUCAAUUUAUUCAUAUAGUGCCAAAUCAUAACAGGGCACUUUUCCUAUAGAGCAGGUCUAGACCGCACUCUUUAU